AUGGUAGGGAAAAAAUUGGCUUCAUUAUCAGAAGCAGAAAAAACAAUAGCCGGUCUUAUAGCUAUAAAUACAGUAGUAUUUGGAUGUUGGCAAAUACCUCGGUUGAUACCAUUUAUGAGCAAAUGGUUUUUGCAUUUGCCUGGUAGUCGACAUAAUAUUACAUUAUUAACAAGCUGCUUUUCACAUCAACAAUUUCUUCAUUUUGCUUUGAAUAUGGUGGGUUUAUGGUCGUUUGGUAGAGUUGUGCAUGAUUCAUUUGGAAGGGAGCAGUUUAUUGCCAUGUACUUAGGAAUGGGUAUAGGAGCUAAUAUAUUUAGCCACUGCCUUAGCUUAGUUAUGCGUAAUUCAAGACCAUUGUUACCAAGCUUAGGUGCAAGUGGGGCUAUUUACGGAUUAGUAGCCGCAACUGCUGUUAUGCACCCUAAUUCGAGCAUCAGUCUUGUCUUUUUACCCAUGAUCCCGAUUAAAUUAGGGUAA